GUUGCAUACAUAAUAGUCUUCAUGUCUGCUACAUGUGGCACUGUCCCUUUUUCUGUGCUAUAGUUUUUGUUUGUUUGUCAUACGUCUCUCCCCAUACCCUCAUAUCCAAUUUCUUUCUAUUAUUCUUGUUCAUUUCUUAACCGUCAUUGCAUAUAUUGGUUCUCCCUCAUUAUUCUGCAAGCGUUUAUAGUCAUUCUACCUACAAUCGGGCCCGGUGCUCUAUCACGGAUAUAUCUGCAUUAUUUGAUCCCAAGAUCAACAGAACACACCUCAACCAAACGAAUCUCCAAACCCAUCAAUUGACACUAUUUUUCGAUUCACAAUGCGUUUCAACGCAGCGUGCGUAGUUCUCGCCGCAGCGGCCCCCGCUGUCUUGGCAGCUCCUACGAAUGCCAUCUACGACAAGGCCUAUGAUUUCAGCUCAGACCUUGAAGACUUUUACUCGAGGGUAAGCGACCACAUCAAAGAUUUGGCAAACCACAUUUCGUCCACCGGAUGCGAUCUGUCAAAAGUUUCGCUGCCCUCUGCAGCUAGCAGUCUACCUACUCCCUCGGGGACUUUGAAAUAUGUUGCAAUUGGUCGUGGAACUCAGAACUAUUCCUGCGCUGACUCCACCGCGGACACAAAGCCAACCCAGCUGGGUGCUCUUGCAACCCUUUAUGAUGCCUCUUGUGUCGCUGCCAACUAUGACGAUCUAUUGAAUGCAGUCUCCAAGAUUGUCCUAAACUAUGAUAUUCCAUCAUCGUCUUCCGGCACUCCAUUUCCUCCUGCCAACCUCGACAUGCUAGGACACCACUACUUUGGGGACUCCACCACGCCAAUCUUUAACCUCGAUACGACAGCUGAAAGGCAGUUUGGAAUUGCAAUUUCCAAGAAGAAUGCUACAAUGGAUGCCCCAACUGGCUCCGUAGCGGGACAAGGAAAUUCCGGUAAUGGUGCUGUCCCUUGGCUGUAUCUCAACACCAUCGCCGGUACGGUGGGCAACUAUACUCAUGUUUAUCGAGUCAAUACUGCUGGAGGCGCGGCUCCUAAUACUUGUCAAGGACAAUCGGCUCAAUUCCAAGUGCAGUACUCGGCACAAUACUUUUUCUAUGCUGACUAGUUUAUGGCGAGUGGUUGGAUGAUGCCUUUUUUUUCUUGGAUUUUUUUCAUUUAUAGGAACUAUAUGGAGGCUCUACUAUUAAUUUCCGUUGACAAUAUUAAAAAUAUAACGUCUUGUGACACUUUUUUCCAA